AUGGAGAGCACAGCUUCAGUGCCUGAAGUCAAGGGUACGUGGAUCCCACCUCCAAGUAAUGUUUUCAAGGUGAACGUGGACGCGGCGGUUUUCACAAGUCAACGAGCAGUGGGAGAUGGAGUGAUUAUCAGAGACGAUAAGGGUAGGAUUGAGGCCGCAAUAAGUAAAAAGAUUAAUGCAUCGUUGGGAACCGUGGAAGCAGAGGCUAUGGCGCAUGAAGUGGGCUUGGUGUUUGCAAGGGAUAUCGGCAUCCACAAUUUAAUCAUGGAGGGUGAUUUGCUUGUUAUCCACAUAGUGUUGUGUGAGACUUCAGACCCGCCAUCCUCCAUGGCUGCUAUUAUACAAGGAGUGUAA